GGUGUUCGUCGAAUCGUUCCAAGUGAAACGAAAUAGCAACGAAAAUGUUGUUGAAAGAAAUUGCCCGAUUUUCGCUGCAGCAUCGAACGCUGUACUGUUACUUGAUCCUGAGCAUCUGGAUAUUCUUACUGAUAGCAGGAAUGUACAAGUACAUCGGGUCGAUAGAGAACAGCAACAACUUGUUGACGGUAAAGGGAUUCGGCUAUCGCCCGCACCAGGGCUCGUUCCGUGUGGACGAUGGCGAUGCACUGGAUAGGGCUCGGACCAAGGAACUCAACCAGACAGACUGUGCCCAUCCGGCGACACUGGUGGCCGGAGAGGAGGGUGGCUCUCUGGAAGGUUGGAGCUUGCAGGGUGUCUUGCUGCUCAUUCGCCACGGUGACCGUGGCCCCAUGGCACACGUACGGGGCAUCAGUGAGGUGGACUGUGGCCACGAAAACGAUCCUCUGCUCAGCCGGUACAUUAGCUUCACGCAAAACACCACCACCGUCAGUACGACCGGGGGACAUUGGAUGAAGACGGGCCCAUUCCACGGGUUUCCCUUGCUGCCGGCCGCAUCGAAGCUGUGUCUGCUGGCACAGCUAACGCACAAGGGAAUCGCCCAGAUGCUACGCGUCGGAGACAUCGUUAGAGCAGCUUACGCAAAUGUGCUCGGCUUGUACACACGUCCGGUUCCGGUGGGUUCGGUGAAAACGACACCCUACAACGCUUCGGAAGGCGCAAUAACCAAUCCAACGUCCGGCACGCUCUACUCAGUGGACGAUGUUGUUAUCUACUCCACCCGUUACCGGCGCACGUUUCAGUCGGGAAUGGCGCUACUGUUCGGUGCGCUGCCACCAGAAAAGUGGCUCGCGCUACAGGUACAGGAGAGUCACAGCCUGUCGUACUGCUUCUCGGACUGUGCCUGUCCGCAGGCGGAAAAACUCAAGAAGUCGCUCGCGACCGAAAUGAACGGCCACCUGGCGCAGCACCCGGCGAUCGGUGCGAUCGCACAGUGGAUCGGUGCCGCGUUGCUGCAAAACCCACAGCUUGCAGUCGGCCAGCAGGUGAAUCCGCUCGACAUUCGGGAUGCGCUCCUGGCACACAUUUGUCACGCGGCUCCGUUGCCUUGCCGCAAGAUACGCACGAACGUAAACCCGGCGGAACGGUACGGUGCAAAGGGUGCGACAUCAAGCUCGACGCAGGAUCCACUCGGAUUGGACGUGAUCAAUAUCGAUCAGGAAGAUGGUGGCCUUGCCCCUGGUGCGGUGCCUAUUAGCCCCGCGAACACGGACCAACCGGACGACUUGGACACUACCGAGCAGGAGCCGGAUAUUGAGGGGUGCGUCGAGAAGAGCCACGUAGUCGCCCUCAUGUCCUACAUCCAUUGGGCCGGCGUGAAGGAGCUGUACAGCCACACGAUGCGACAGCAGGGACUGCUCCGUUCGUACGGUUUGCUGAGGAACAUUGUGGCCUACAUGCUGCGGAUGAUCUCGGGUGAUCGGGUAAAGUUCGUCCUGUACUCGGCGCACGAUAAAACGCUCGAGUAUCUGAUUGCUUCGCUGGGCGUACGACUCGACAAUCCGUUCAUUCCGUACGCGUCCCGGAUGGCGUUCGAGGUGUACAAAAGCGACAAGGACACACAGUACUACUUUCGGCUCGUGUACAAUGGGCAGGAUAUAACGUCCACGAUCGACGUGUGCGAAAGUGGCAAGAGUUUGAACGUUCCGCGAGGCAUCCGCGGUGGACGGGGCCAUCUGUGCCCGAUCGAGAACAUCAUACGCUUUAUCCACGACGACUACUUCCUGUCGCUGAACGCCACCAACUACAAGGACGCCUGUCUGGUGCAACCGAAACAGGAAGGGUUCUUCUGAGCACAUUGAUUAGACACGCUUGUUCGGUUUUCUCGAACCGUUCCGAUCCUGGGUUGAGCGAAACUAACGACGAUUAUCAGUCUGUGAUACGAAACACGUUGCGUUUUAUCGUUACUUCCGUUUACAGUUUAAAUGCAGGGAAGAAUGUUACCGAUUUUCUGUUAAACUAGUGGCAAAUUCUCCAUUACUUUAAUGCUAUAUAGCGAAAGGAAUUUGUUAGUGCUGUAGCAGCAUGCUUCGAUGCCGUUUGCCAAUGCAUGCCACGAAGACUUCCGGCUUCUUGGAGCGACGAAAGAUGAAACGAAUACAUAUCAAC